AUGUCAGAAACAAAUGGUCUUUCGCUUUGGAUUUUGUGCCUUAUCCUACAGCUUGUGCUUUCUAGUGCAUCAACCCCAACACCAUGUCCUAAGGUGGUGGACCACAAAUAUUUCAACUGUAGCCAUCAUUCAUUGGAAGAAGUACCAAAGGGGCUACCUUCAACUUUAGAAGUUAUUGUUCUCUCUCACAACCGUAUAAAAAAGCUUGAUGACGACUCCUUUCAAGGACUACAUAACUUAGUACAAAUUGAUGUUUCCUACAACUCCAUAUCCAAGAUCUCGACUGCUGCUUUCAAUCAUUUAACCAAGCUGGAGACUCUCAUCCUGAGGAAAAACCAACUACAUGAAGCAGAAUCCGCAUUUUUGGAUAGUGGCUGGUGCAAAUACGAACUACAGUUUGCGUUGUCACGGCUUUUCAAGGAACGUAAGGAGGUCAUUAUUUUGAUCUUUUUACAGAAAAUUCCUGAUCAGCUGUUGACCGAUCAAUUAAAGGUGCAUCGCCUUAUUAGAAGAUUCAUUAAAGAUAAUACGUACAUCGAGUGGCCACAUAAUCCAGAUGAAGAACUUGCAUUUUGGGAAAAAUUGAAGGAUUCUUUAAGAUAA